ACCGGGUGGACCUCCCCCUCUCCUGGGUCACCAUGACCGUGUCCGCUCAGCAGCUGGCAAAGGAGUUGGAGAUCUUCGGCCUAGACUGCGACGAGUCUCUGACUGAGAAAUUGGCAGAGCUGUGCGUUCUGUAUGAACAGGAUGUGGAGGGAAUGGUGGGCGAGCUCUUGACCUACACCAACACAAAGAAAGACUGCCUUACCUCGGAGACCCUGAGCUCUUUUGAGCGUGAGUUUCUGAGCAAAAGAGUGUCGAGAGUCCCUCGUCACAGUGCCUCCAAGGACAGUGGGCACGCGGGAGCCAGAGACAUUGUUUCCAUACAAGAGCUACUAGAAGUGGAGGAAGAAGAUGAGACCCUCUUGAACUCUUAUGCUACACCCUCUAAGGGUUCUCAGAAGCGAGCUGUCACCACCCCAGAAACCCCCCUAACAAAAAGGAGGAUGUCUACUCGCAGCCCCCAUCAGCUCCUCUUGCCAUCGAGUUUUUCUCCAAGUGCUACUCCCUCUCAGAAAUACAACUCAAGAAAUAACCGAGGAGAAGUGGUUACUUCCUUUGGCUCAGCACAGGGAGUAUCUUGGUCCGGGAGAGGAGGAGCUGGUGUCAUCAGCCUGAAAGUCUUGGGGUGUCCAGAAUCACUAACUGGGAGCUACAAAUUCAUGUUUCAGAAGCUCGCAGACAUUCGAGAAGUUCUGACCUGUAAGAUAGAAGAGCUUGGCAGUGAACUCAAGGAACAUUACAAGAUUGAAGCUUUUACUCCUGUUCUAGUUCCAGCACAAGAGCCUGUCACGCUGCUGGGCAAGAUUGGCUGUGAUAGCAAUGGGAAGCUGAACAACAAAUCAGUGAUUCUGGAGGGAGACCGGGAACAUUCCUCUGGCGCUCAAGUUCCAGUGGAUUUAUCUGAGCUCAAAGAAUACUCUCUGUUUCCUGGGCAGGUUGUAGUCAUGGAAGGGAUCAACACCACUGGUAGAAAAUUUGUUGCCACUAAACUCUACGAGGUACCACAGCGGUCCCCCACCCUCCCUCCAGCAAUGCCUAGGGCAAGACUUCAGUUUUGCCUCUCUCCUGUUUUUAAGGGUGUGCCGCUUCCGUUUUAUCAGCCCACCGAAGAGGAUGGAGAUUUUGAGCAAAACAUGGUCUUGGUGGCCUGUGGGCCAUACACCACAUCUGACAGCAUCACGUAUGACCCCUUGCUUGACCUGAUCACCACCAUCAACCACGAUCGGCCGGACGUCUGCAUCCUGUUUGGCCCUUUCCUGGAUGCCAAGCAUGAGCAGGUUGAGAACUGUCUGUUGACGAGUCCAUUUGAAGAUGUUUUCAAGCAGUGUCUACGAACAAUUAUUGAAGGGACGCGAAGCUCUGGCUCCCACCUCGUCUUUGUUCCAUCAUUGAGAGAUGUGCACCACGAGCCCGUGUACCCACAGCCGCCUUUCAGCUACUCCGAUCUGCCUCACGAAGACAAAAAGCGCGUGCAGCUCGUGUCUGAGCCCUGCAGUCUCUCUUUAAAUGGCGUGGUCUUUGGCUUGACUUCCACGGACCUACUGUUCCAUAUUGGGGCCGAGGAGAUCAGCAGUUCGUCUGGCUCGUCGGACAGAUUCAGCCGAAUACUCAAGCACAUCCUGACGCAGCGGAGCUUCUACCCGCUGUACCCUCCCCAGGAAGACAUGGCCAUUGACUAUGAGAAUUUCUAUGCCCAUGCACAGCUGCCUGUCACCCCUGAUGUCCUCAUAAUCCCAUCAGAGCUCAGAUACUUUGUCAAGGACAUCCUCGGCUGUGUCUGUGUGAACCCCGGGCGCCUCACCAAAGGGCAGGUGGGGGGCACCUAUGGCCGACUCUACAUCAGGAGGCAGACCACAGGCGGGGAGGAGAGGCAGAGUCCAUGUGUCGCCGCCCAGGUGGUCAGGAUCUGAGGCCUUGGGUACUUG